CAAAGGCUCCUCAGGCUCCAUGACCAGGUCAACGUCAAGGUCUUUCCUGAGGACACUGAGAUGAAAACAGCAGAAAAGCCAGCCCCAAAUCUCGGGCAGACCCUGGAGUGGCUGAGAAAGGAGCUGUCUGAGAUGCAGCUGCAAGACCAGAGACUCCUGCUCACGCUGAGGCAUCUUCACAGCAUCCUGGAGGAGCUGCGCGCUGAGAGUGCCCACUGGGAGGAUGCCAGGAGCAACGGAGGGACAUCUCCCAUCAGAGCUCGAGUGGGCUCUGAGGGUCGGGGCUGCCAGCCCACCUGCUCAAGACGGCUGGCUCAGCUCCUUGGGGGGGAUGACAGCAGACGAAGUUCCCUCCCUUAGACAGGCCAGAGCUGACAUAGGGCUCAAACUCUCCUGCCACUGGUCUAAACAUUAUAGUGUUGGGGGAAGAGCACUGGAAUGGGAGUCAGGAGGCCCCAGCUCUGGGUUCACCUCUGCCCUCAUCUGUUAUGUGUCCCUGGAUU